CGGAACAUUAGACGAGAGUUACACUCACUUAGGUACACAUGAUAGGUACCGUCGUGAGCUCAAGACACGUUUAUCAUCUUUUAGGAAUUUUUCUACACUGGAUAUCUACACCAAAGUAUGUUAUCGCAGUCCUGAAGCUCAACAAAAGGGGUCUACAAACCACAGUGAAACACAGCAGCGGGGAUAUUGUCACAUGUUUAGGUAGUGCGGGUCCAGCUCUCUGGCAUUUACAGUGUCAGAUGAUGUUGGUUUUAGGGAUCAACAAAUCGUUGCCUCGGGGACUAACCAACGCCCAUCCUGGCCAAUAUCGAUGCCGGGAUGUAGCUACGACGCAGCAUCAUUUCUCUGGUAACAUUUCGCGGACAAGUUGGACAGACUCCUCGAGCCCAUCAUCGAGGAACAUCAAGUCUGAUCUGUUCGACUUCCGGACCAGGAAGAAGCGGUCCUGUCGGGAGCUGACGCAUCAGGUCCCGGGAUAGCGGCUUGUGCAACCUCGACCCGUAAACAGAAAUCCAAGAUGUGACUCUGGAUAGCAGGUGUGUGGGGAGCGGACCAGUAGACCUGAACCUGCAUGAUGAGCUCCUACAGGAUACGUAGGAUUGUGGGUCCUUGUUUUAACGAACGAAA